AUGGUAAUAUUUUGUAUUCUUUGGAUUUACUUGUCGUGGAAUUUGAGUCAAUCUGUUUGGAGAUUCAAAUCUAUACCAAAACAAUAUAUCGACCCAAAAGGCAAAGCUGUUCUCAUCACUGGAUGCGAUUCAGGAUUUGGUAACAAAUUAGCAAAACGUUUAGCAACUAAAGGAUACCAUGUUUUUGCCGGUUGUCUUAUGCCAACUGAAUCUGGCGCUCAAGACUUGGGACAUGAAUUCCCCGAAAAUAUUACAAUUAUUCCAUUAGAUGUGACCAAAGAUGACAGUGUAUUGAAUGCCAGAAAACUGGUUCAAAAUGCACUCAAACAGAAUGAGCUCUGGUCUGUCGUUAAUAACGCCGGGAUAUUGUCUUCAUUUGAAAUAGAGUUUGGAGACAUGUCUUCAUUUGUCUCCCAAAUGGAAGUCAAUUGUUUGGGAACAGUUCGGGUGACAAAAGCAUUUCUACCACUUUUGAGAUUAUCGAAAGGCCGUGUCGUGAAUAUGGCGAGUCUUGCGGGCCGUUUCGCCAUCCCUGGAAUGGUUGGCUAUUGUCUGUCCAAAUGUGGUGUCAUCUCAUUCUCGGAGGGAUUGAGACGAGAAAUGAAGAAAUGGCAAAUUGAUGUCAUUUGUAUUGAACCCCAUCUCUUCAGAACAAAUCUAGUGAAUGGAAAUAAUCAUAACUCUGCGUUAGUCAAGGCAUGGGAUCAGACACCAGAAGAUAUUAGGGAAGCGUAUGGCGAGACAUACUUUCGUGGUUAUCAAGCGCUGUUAAAUAAGGCGUUGGAUACGGCCAGACCUGCGGUCGACAAUGUGGUCGACACUAUGUUUAAUGCGGUGACAAACAAAUCAGUUUCCACUAACUAUAGAGUUUUGGGUCCACUCGAGAGACUCAGAGUUUGGAUGUUUGAGUUCUUGUGGCCGACCAGAGCUCUCGAUUACAUUUCAUAUAUUGGCUGUAUUUGGGCCACAGUUCAUAAACACCAAACGCAUCAAUCGUUUAGAGAUCGUACUCUUAAAGCACAGGUUCCUCAGCUCUGGCUCCUCGUAAAGAUCGGCCAAUUUUAA